GUCGCCUUCACUUGCUGCGUUUAUUUUCACAAGCCUCUUUUUAUAUUACAAGCCCCUGUCAGCUUCCGCGGCAGAGACCAGGAACAAUCGCCACUGUGUCUGAACCUAAGACACGAACCUUGAAUCGGGCGACUUCAACCGCAGAGCCAGCGAGGAACUCUAUAUCGGACUUUAAAAGCCAAUGGCCGAAGUGACUGUCGAGUGCCAUUAUUCUCAUGUCUGUCUCACAGCCAGAGCGUAUCGCUAUAAUAGGGGGUGGUUGCACGGGAAUCACCUCGUUCUGGGCCUUGCAGAAGUCCGGUCAUGACGUCCACCUUUUCGAAGCCUCCGAUGCUCUCGGCGGGCGUAUCAAGUCACUGCCUUUCGAGCAUGAGGGCAUUCAAACGAACGUGAAUUCAGAUUCAUCUGUCUACAAUGUUGAGGCCUCUCCAAACUUGGAUUCGUUGCUGCGCUACCUGGGAGUGUCGACGAUCAGACAUCGAUUCAGCGUCAGGGCAACUGACGGAGAUCGCAGUUCCUGGUGGAGUGACAGUCUAUUGCAAAGCAUCCUUCUGCGGCCCUGGAUCCUUUGCCGCAAGGAGACGUAUGUGAUAUUGUCGGAUAUUAUCUGGCUCAAGUUCCUAGCCAUCGACGUGCUACGUAAGGGUGUCUCGCCAUACACGACCAGUAACAUUGAUUCACUUCUCUCUGUCAAGAGAUAUCUGUCGAAAGAAGGAUAUUCGGCCAGCUUCCGUGAUGAGUAUCUAGCUCCAACACUUUCGGUUUUAUGGGGCACAAAUGCUGGCAAGCUCCUUUCACGGCUACCUAUUGAAGCUGCUAUCCGUUGUCUGUAUGACCAUCAACUGCUUCGGCCGCGGGGAAAUGUUCCGGGGUGGCGUAGCAUUGAACGGGGCGCGAGCCGCCUGGUACAGGUCCUUUCUCGCGAUUUUGAUCCUUCUAGGGUACAUCUAGAGGCGAGAGUCCGACGAGUGACCCGGUACGACAAAAAGGUCUAUAGACUGGUUACAGCAGAUGGCCGUGAGAUUGAUUUUAAUCGCAUCAUUUUCACUGUCGAUAGCGAGGAGGUCGUGCAGAUAUUGGGGCCUCUUGCGAGCGCGCAAGACAGGAAGAUCAUUAUGGGCUUGGGGACAACGAAGAACAUAUCUGUGUUGCAUUCGGAUUCCCUCGUGGGUGAAGGCGUAAGGCCCUCAGUUCAAUUCGUGGCGGGUGAGGGUUGGGGAAGCGCUGCUCACCAGUUGGGCCAGCUUCUGCUUGAAAGAGAGCAUUCUACGACCGGCUACACCUAUGUGCUGGAGCCCAUCGUGCCUGGGCGCUCAUCCGAGGACUCAAUGCCCCGGAAAUCUAGCCUCAGCUAUAAUGUUAAUGCCUUGGACCGUAUUUCAACGUCUCUUUACGGUCCGAUAUACAUCACGCUGAACCCGACUAUGCCACCUCACCCUAGCAUCGUGCAGAGUGUAUGUGAAUUCACUGAGGCAGAUCCAAGCUUCAGCACACUCCAGGCACAAAAUGAUCUUGCGCUCAUUCAGAACAAACGAGGCUUGAGCUACGGGUUCUGUUGGACGGGCCGUGGGCACCUCGAGGAUGCCAUCACUGCAGGCUUGCGGAUUGCGAUUGAAGACUUGAACGCAGAAGUCCCUUUCCCAGUCGAAUUCCACUCCAAGCCUUUCGCGGCGGACUUGCCCCGUCCAAGCCUGGGCCUCCCUCUUCACAUAAUUCGGACCCUACUCCGCCUACUUCAAGUUUUUGUCCUUGCUUUGGAACUGCUGAUGCCCUUGCUGCCUGGACCGGCCUCGCGAUUCAUAGUUCGCCGCCACAGACACGUAUCGGGGCAGGAGCCUGGGAAGCUGUCUUGACAAAGAGAAUAAUGGAAGAUCUGCCCCUCUUUGCCUAUCAAAUUGAGUUAAACUGCUUAGGAACCAUAGACUGAAUAGAUCUCUU